GACAACGAAGCAGCCUUCAUUCAUAUUCAUAUAAUAAUAGGACGCAAUGUUGAGUUUUGUGGGAAAAGGAGACCGGAAAAUGGAGCAAAGAAGAAGAGGGAUCCAGUGGUUCGCCCUCACAGUAACUAUCGUGCUCUCCUUUAUGGUUCAACCUUCUUUCUCCAUUUACUGUGAUGAAGAUAACUGUUACGAUCUCCUUGGGGUGACUGAAAAUGCGAAUUCAUCUGAAAUCAAGAAAGCUUAUUACAAGCUCUCUUUGAAACAUCAUCCAGAUAAAAACCCUGAUCCAGAAUCAAAGAAGCUUUUUGUUAAAGUUGCAAAUGCUUAUGAGAUUUUGAAAGACGAAGCCACAAGGGAGCAGUAUGAUUAUGCACUUGCUCAUCCAGAGGAGUUUUUCUACAAUACAGCGCGGUAUUACCAUGCUUACUAUGGUCACAAAACUGAUACUCGUGCUGUCCUCGUUGGUCUUCUUUUGAUACUCUCAUCAUUCCAGUAUCUGAAUCAGUGGACAAGAUAUAAUCAGGCUAUUGACAUGGUCAAGAAAACGCCAGCUUAUAAAAACAAGCUACGUGCUUUGGAGCUUCAACGCACUGGAGGAGUGGCUAAUAGGAAGAAGGGCAACAAACCGAUGGACAAGAAUUUGGAGGAAGAACUUAGCAAGGAACUCAACUUGGACAUAAAGGGAACUGAAAAGCCUUCUGUUUGGGAACUAAUUGGAAUCCGUUUUAUACUUCUUCCUUACACUGUGGGAAAGCUGUUGCUGUGGUAUGCAUGUUGGUUCUGGAGGUACAAUGUCAAGCGUGCUCCAUACUCAUGGGAAGAUGCGUCCUAUUUGACACGAAGGUCUCUUCGGGUUCCUCUUGAUUCAUGGAUAUCUAUGGACGAAUUAACCAAGGAAGAUCUCAUUCAAAGACGGCUUUGGGAGAAGUCCAACUUUGAAAGCUAUGUGGCAGAGAUGCGCAAGGAAUCGAAGCGCCGAAGAUAGAAGUUUUUUCUUACUCAAAGCUAUGUGUAGGAUAAGACCAGUUUUGACGGGGAGUAUUCUUUUGACACCAAGAGCUAUUGGAUUGAUAGUAUCGUCAUAGAACUUGUAUUUUUACGGUCAGUGUCACAGCUAUACUAGUACUCGAAAUAAAUAACUAUACAAAAUACAUAUUGAGACAGGACGUAAGCAUACUGCAUUUGGAGUAAUUUUCGGGGACAAGCUUCUUCUGAUGAGUACCCCCCAUGGUGAUUUUGCUGAUGUAACGCUAGGUUAGAAUAUGUGGCGAACCAUUUAUAUGUUCUGAAGCACAGAAAUUCCAUUCCAGUAGACAAUGAACUUCAUACUUGGCUAUGUUGUAUUUGUAUGUACCAUAGUCUUUAAUAUGAUAAUGACAGGUCUAUCAUUAUUGGCUUCA